CCAGGAAGCGAAACACGCUUGGAACUUGAGUGAACUGUCGGACCAAGAGGCAUGGGGUGCAACGGUAGUUUUGAUCCAGAAACUAACUGCAGACAAAUCAGUUGUCUGUAAUUGCGAUAAACAUCAUCAAGUAGGAAUCUGUUGAACUUGAUGGCGGAAUCCCAAAAGACUGAAUCCUAGAUGGUCAACUAAUUUGCAUCUGAUGGCUAACGAUCAGUCUGUUGAUAACAAACCUCAUGACUUGUAAGGGUCACAAAAGUUUUGAGGACAGCCAGGAGGAUAAUCUCUCAGGACUUAAGUGAAGACCUCCCUCCUGAGGAAGUGUAAAACAUGCCCUUACCAUUUGGCUUAAAACUCAAAAGGACUAGAAGGUAUACUGUUUCAAGCAAGAGCUGUCUUGUCACUCGGAUUCAGCAGCUCAAUGGAGAGUUUGUUGAGUUUACACUUUCAGUGGAGAGCACCGGGCAGGAAUGUUUGGAGGCAGUUGCCCAGAGACUUGAGUUAAGAGAGAUAACAUACUUCAGUCUGUGGUACUUCAACAAGCAGAACCAGCAGAGAUGGAUUGACUUGGAGAAGCCGCUGAAAAAGCAGCUGGACAAGUAUGGGCUGGAGCCCACCGUUUACUUUGGAGUCGUGUUUUACAUACCCAGUGUCACCCAACUGCAACAGGAGAUCACAAGAUAUCAGUAUUAUCUACAGCUGAAGAAGGACGUUCUGGAGGGCAGGAUCUCAUGCUCACUAGAACAAGCUGUACGUUUAGCUAGCCUGGCAGUGCAAGCUGACUUUGGAGACUUCAAUCGAUAUGAUUCCCAGGAGUUCCUCCAGAAAUUUGUGCUGUUCCCUAUUGAUUGGAUUCAGGAUGAGCGAGUGCUGGAAGAGGCUACUCAAAAAGUGGCUCUGCUUUAUCAGUCCUUCAGGGGUUUGUCAGCACCAGAGGCAGAGAUGUUGUACAUGCAGGAGGUGGAGAAAAUGGAGGGCUACGGCCAGGAAAGCUAUCAAGCCAAGGACAGCACAGGCACAGAUGUUACCCUUGGAUCCUGCCUUGACGGCAUCUUUGUCAAGCACAAAAAUGGAAGGCCGCUUAUUUUAUUUAGGUGGAAUGAAAUUAACAACAUGAGUCACAACAGGUCCUUCUUUGCCCUGGAGCUGGCCAACAGAGAGGAGAGUGUUCAGUUCCAGACUGAAGACAUGGAAACCUCCAAAUAUGUGUGCCGGAUGUGUCUGGCCAGACUCAAGUUUUAUAAGAUUAACAAGAGUAGCCUAGAGGAGUGUGACCCCCUGCCUUCUGAGGGCUCCCAGAAGUCCCUUCUCACUUUAUCCUUUCCUCGCUUUCCAAUGCUCUCUCGUCCUUCUCUGCCUUCUAAUAAGGGAAGCCAAGCGCAGCCCACCGUGGUAAACCCAGUCAGAAGGAGAUCCUCAACUAGAAUAUCUCUGCCAAAGCCUCAGGCCUACAUGAUGCCCCCUCCGCAAAUGCACUACAAUGGCCAUUUCACAGAGCCUUACACAUCAUCACAGGACAACUUGUACAUGAACAGUCAGAACGGUUAUUACUACCACUCUCAGACCAGCCUGGACUGCUCUCCUCUGGAAUACAACAGCGGUGGGCGAUUACGCAACGGCAGCGUCUACAGCGCCCACAGCACCAGCUCUCUAACCAAUCCUCAACACUACCUUCAGCCGUCACCCAUGUCCUCCAACCCCUCUAUCACCAGCGAUAUCACCAGGCCGGACUACGUCCCCUCGCAUCGUCACAGCGCUCUCAUCCCGCCCUCCUACCGCGCAACUCCUGAUUAUGAGACAGUGAUGCGUCAGAAGAACCGGGGAGUGGGAGGAGGGAUGGUUUUGUCUCAAGAGCAUCGGCAGAGCCACUCGAUGAGGAACCUAAACAUUGGAAACUCUUACGCCUAUAGCAGACCAGACCCUUUAGUUUACAGCCAGCCAGAGAUCAGGGGGGAACAUGGCGGAGCAGCCCAACACCACCACUAUCCUUUCCAUCUGGGCUCCAGCUUCCACAGCCCCUCUCCAUACCCCUAUCCCACAGAGAGGAGGUCUGUAGUGGGGGCGGUUAGUGUCCCUGAGCUCACUAAUGUCCAGUUACAACAAGCCCAAGAGUAUCCAGCCCCCAACAUCAUGAGAACACAAGUGUACCGACCACCUCCACCCUACCCAUACGCCCAUCCUCGGCCUGCAAACAGCACACCUGACCUGUCUCGUCACCUGUAUGUCAGCAGUAGCAACCCAGACCUGAUCAUCACGAGGCGUGUGCACCACUCAGUCCAGACUUUCCAGGAGGACAGUCUGCCUGUCGCUCACUCUUUACAGGAGGUGUCAGAGCCCCUUUUCAGCGGACCCCCGCACAGACACCCAUACCAUGCUCAGAAGCGUAACUCCAUUGAGAUUGCCGGAUUGGCUCAUAGUCUCGAGGGGAUGAGGGUCAAAGAGCGGACUGUGUCUUCUUCAGCAGCUGAAACUGCUACGCCCCCUCCAGUUUUGCGUGGCGGUCGCUCUCAGGGCUCACAGCUCAACGUGUUUUUGGAACGUACAAAGACAGAGGACAGGGACGACAUUAAGGACGUGCAGUAUGGACACAAAAAGUCCCUCUCAGAUGCCACCAUGCUGGUUCACAGUAGUGGUGAAGAAGAGGAGUUUGAGGACGAUAAUGAACGUCACACUCCACUUUCUCAGGACGCAAUCUCAGCCAUUGUUCCUGAGCAGGGACCCCAGCAGCAUCACAGUCUGACAUCUCUCUCUUCUCUACCGCCUCAGCAGCAGACUCCCAUUGAGCCUCCUCCUGCAUAUCCCAUAGGCUCCUCCCUUGACCCCUCUAUAACCGGCUCCCUGACGUACAAGGUUCACCCCCUGAUCCAGGAGGGUGAGCCUCUGUACAUGCUGUCAGAUUUACGACAGCCCAGGAUUAUGCCCUCGGUCUCAGAGGGAGACCUGAGUGGCCAAGCCAAGCAGAAGACUAAAACAGACUUCAAGAAGAGGCCUGUGUCUGAUGUGCCGCCUGCGAAGAAAACUGUGGAAGGCUUGCCCCCUCCGGGCAUGAAGAAAGGGGCUAGGUCAGAAGUGAAGAAGAUGGGCCCUCUGAAGGUGGCCAAGCUCAACGGCCUGUCAGUGUCCAGGCAACCAAUGCACGACGAGGUGAAGGAUGAGCCUGAACGAGCCUCUAAUGACGAGAGGUGUAAAUUGCUGGAACAGCACAUGGACAGGGGCGAGCUGUUAAAAGAGUACGAGAAAAUCCCAAAGCGUCCAGGAGGGGAAUACACCGUCGCCCAGCUGCCAGAGAGCGGAGACAAAAACCGCUUCCAAGAUGUCCUGCCUUAUGACAGCAACCGAGUGGAGCUGGUUCCCACUAAAGAGAACAACACAGGAUACAUCAAUGCAUCACAUAUUAGAAUAAUAGUAGGAGGACAGGAGUGGAGCUACAUUGCAACACAGGGUCCCAUGUCGAACACGUGUCAAGACUUCUGGCAGAUGGUGUGGGAGCAGGGCGUCUCCAUCAUCGCCAUGGUCACUGCUGAAGAGGAGAGUGGCCGAGAAAAGAGCUUCCGGUAUUGGCCAAGACUUGGCUCACGACACAACACGGUGACGUACGGGCGCUUCAAAAUCACCACCCGGUUCCGCACCGAGUCCGGCUGCUACGCCACCACAGGACUCAAGAUCAAACACCUCCUGACAGGCCAAGAGAGGACUGUCUGGCAUCUGCAGUACACAGACUGGCCUGAUCACGGCUGUCCUGAGGACUUCAAAGGCUUCCUCACCUACCUAGAGGAGAUCCAGUCUGUGAGGAGACACACAAACAGCAUCAGUGACCCAAAGAACACCAACCUACCUGUACUGGUCCACUGCAGUGCCGGAGUGGGAAGGACUGGAGUGGUCAUCCUAUCUGAGAUCAUGAUUGCCUGUCUAGAGCACAAUGAGCCACUGGAUGUCCCAGAGAUCCUAAGGAAGCUGCGUACUCAGCGGAUGAUGAUGGUUCAGACUUUGUCUCAGUACAAUUUCAUCUACAAGGUCCUCAUUGAGUACCUCCGCAACUCCAGGCUGAUCUGAGCACAGGCGUAUGUCCAGCCCGUCAACAUACACAGUCAUCACAGAUGAUUUCAGGGGUGGAAAUUGCUCCAGGUUUAUGCCAAACUGCACUGUGAUGAUGUAGCUGCAUAAAUCUGUUAAAUGUAGCAUUAAAAUGUGGUGGAUCCUCUUUUGGCCAAGUAUUAAGUCAGGCAAGGCUGAAGGAAAGAUUUGUGGAUAUACAAAAAAAAAAAAAAAAAGACGCAAUAUCACAUGAAGGAGCAUAAAGACUUAAAACCUGCCUCUAAAUAGUAUUAUAUUAUUUUUUACAUACAUUAUUGCUUAAUAAAGCCCAGCACUUUUACAGUACUUUGCUGUACAUAUUGAACCAAUGUUAAGCUGCAUUAAAAGAAAAAUCUUUAUCAUAGAUGUGUACUGAAAACAAUUGAUUUCUUUUCAUUUGACAAAGGACGCUUUUCAAAUGUGUAUGUUUUGAAUUGCAGUUGCUAUUGGUUCUGAUAAUGAAGGACUUUUCUAUAGUGAUGAAGUGAACAAAAGCUGAGAAAUAGUUUCAUAUGAAGGUUUGAUUAUGGAGCCAAGAGUUGAAGAAUGCAGUUCAAUUCAGGUGUCUGCAUGUAAAAUAGUCAAGAGUGUGCUUUUCCUGUCGUUCCGAAAAAUCCUUACUGCCCGCAAAACGUGUUCAACUAUGACAAACCACCUGUUGAAACAAAGAGGGGUGGGAGAUGAUGGAUUGGGCUUUGUAAAACACUGGUUUUAUGGGAAGUAGAAAUGCACGGGUUUGAAAAAUCUGUUGUUGACAUGUGAGGGAAGAGAAAGUCACAGCAGGUCUUUUGGGUUGAGAGUAAAACUGGAAAAUUCAUUUUAUACUCAUUUAUUUUUCAUUACUUUUUUAUCAUGAGAACUGUUAAAGAUUUCAACCAGAGUGCUGUAUUUGAGCGAUAUACUUUAAAGUCUAUUUUUGAGACAUAGUGUUUAAAUAUCAGCAUUGUUUAGUUGAAAAAAUGUUUUUGUUUGUUUUUGCAUAAUAUGAAGGCAAUUUAGACAUUUUUCUCAUUCAGUGUCAUUUAUUGUAGUAAUAUGUUAUUAAUCCCAUUUGAUACAUUUGAAAAACAUCCCUGCAAGAAAACACAAGGAUUGCAAAUUAUAAUAUUCAUGAAUUCAGCUUACAUCCCUAAAGUCAUGACAGAUGAGCCUUCAUUUUAAUGUAAAUGCACAAAACAGAGACUGUUAAAAGAAACAGGAGGCCAUGUAACUAACAGUUGCAGGCAGUGUGUUGGGUUUUACAUCACCCCUGCUGGCUGUGACGCUCAGUAUUAAUGUGAGGCAGACAGUCUGAGGGACAGACUAUCUCCAGUUUCAGUAUUCUGGCUGCCACGCUUGUUUUCACUCCAGUGAGAAAUCUCCCCUCUGCUGUUACAAACGGCCACUUGACUAUUAAUGAAGAGUCGACUGGAGUCGGACACAGAACGUGUCUAUUUCCUGCUGCAGCUAUAAGUAGAAUUGAAUGACGUGAAUCUGUACAGAAACGAUGCUUACAAGCCCUUGCAGAGUUUACAUGAAGUGAAAUGUUUUUUUUUUUUUUUAUAUAUAUAUAUAAACUGCAGAUUUGCAAUUCAUAGCGCCAACUUAAUUUAUAAUGUGGCCAAAGUGAAGAGAUUGUCCCUAAUUUUUCUUAUUUUUGUUGACAAGUUUUUGGUGUCAAAGACGCAUAGGCAGUGAUCUUACAUAACUGGAGAAAAAUACAUCUGAAGUGAUUGUGAGAUAUCUUAACUGGAUUUUUUUUUUUUUUUUAAACACCCAACUUUUUUUUUUGCUUGAGAUUUUGUGUUUUUUGGUUUUAAGAUACUGGUUGAGUCUUAGUUUGGUGACUGAAAAGUGAUUUUUGUGGCCAAGGUGUAACUCUUUUGUCCAUGUACAGGUAUGUUGUUCAUAAUGUACACAAUGUAAAAUUCUGCUUUAAUGAAUAUUGGUUAUUGUACAAACUAUGUAUAAACUGUAUCUAUUGAAAAAAGGUAUGCCAUUGGAAAAAUACACAAUUGUAGAAAAUCUUUACAGCCAAGAAUAAAUAUUUGGAAAUAACUGUCA